CCUAAUUAUACUCUUUCGCUGUGAUUUAGAAUUGUAGAUACCAGUUUGUGUGAUAAACCAGCAAAAUGGUUUCAAAAACCUUUAUGAUUUUAUCGUUUUUAUCAACAAUUUUAUCUGUGUAUGCUGACACUCCUGCAAACUGCACAUAUGAAGAUUUACUAGGACAAUGGAAUAUAUAUAUUGGACCUGCUGGUACAAGAGAAACAGUCAAAUGCUCAGAAAAACCAGGUGCUUUUGUUAAAGAAGUCUUAGUUACAUUUUCACCACUGAAUAAGUUGAUCAAAGAUUCCGAUGGAGAAGAAGGAAAUUUUACUCUUAUUUAUAACCAGGGCUUUGAAUUUGAAGUUGGCUUCAGAAAAUUUUUUGCAUUCUUUGAAUGGCAAAAAGUAAAUGCAACUUAUUCUAAAUAUUGGUGCAAUCGUACUAUGUAUGGAUGGGCGCAUGAUGCUCUCGGAAGAGAAUGGAAUUGCAUUGUUGCUGUCAAGCAAACACACAAAUUUAAAUAUAAAAUGAUUUGGGAUUAUCCACCGACAAUUGCAAAGAAUCCUGAUGCUGAUUUAUAUGGAUUGGAUGAAAUGUUUAAAAAUGAUAAUCAAUUCAUUUAUGAAUUAAAUAAAGUCCAAUCAUCAUGGGAGGCUGGGAGAUAUGAACAAUUUGAAAAACUUACACAUCGAGAUCUGUUGAGGAUGGCUGGGCACAGCCAAGGAAAAAUAAGUCUACCUAAACUACCAAAAAAAGAACUGGAUGCAGAAACGAAGAGUAAAAUCAAGGACUUACCCGAUUCAUAUGACUGGAGAAAUGUAGGCGGAGUCGAUUAUGUUUCACCAAUCAGAAACCAGGGGCAAUGUGGAAGCUGUUAUACCUUUGCAUCGAUGGGAAUGUUGGAAGCAAGAAUUAGAAUUAGAUCAAACAAUUCACAAACUCCUGUCUUUUCAACUCAGGAAGUUGUGUCAUGUUCAAAUUAUUCCCAAGGAUGUGCUGGCGGAUUUCCAUAUUUAAUUGCUGGUAAAUAUGCACAAGACUAUGGAGUGAUUGAUGAAGAAUGCUAUCCUUAUCAAGGAAAAGAUUCGUCUUGCCAGCCGACAAAACCAAACUGUCGCCGUCACUAUGUUGAUGAUUAUUGGUAUGUUGGUGGUUAUUAUGGAGGAUGCACUGAAGAUUUGAUGAAACUUGCUCUUGUCAAGAACGGGCCAGUUGCAGUGGGAUUCGAGGUUUAUCCUGAUUUCAUGCAUUAUAAAACUGGUAUCUACCAUCACGUUUUCCAAGUUUCAAGCAAUUCAAAUAACCUAGGGUUUGAUCCUUUUGAGCUCACAAACCAUGCAGUUCUUGUAGUGGGUUAUGGGGCUGACCCCAAAUCAGGCGAGAAAUACUGGACCGUUAAAAAUAGCUGGGGUCCAGAGUGGGGUGAAAAGGGCUAUUUCAGAAUCAGACGAGGCAAUGAUGAAUGUGGAAUGGAGAGUUUGGCUGUUGAAAGUUUUCCGAUGACCGACAUGUAAAAGGCUAAUUUGUACUGUAUUAACUAUCUUAUUCCAUCAUAUUUUACUGAUUUUAUCAUUUAUUUAAUCAAAUUACAUCAAGGAACUUUUAUCUAGCUCUGUAUCGAUAUGAUCAACAAAAGUACACAUGACACUAUCUCUUUGAACUCCUAAUGAGAGUAAAAUAAUUUUUUACCUUUUCAUCAGUUUUUAAGGCGAUUAUUCAUUUAGUGUUAUUUUAUGCAGCAAUGUUUUUAAAUGCAAGCAAAUAAAAGUUCAUGUGCAAUGCCGAA